AUGCCGGAUAGCUUGCCUUCAGAUUUGGGAGUCCCACUGGUGAAAAAGUGGUUGUCUCAACAGGUUGCUAUCGAGGCUGAACCCGAUGCCAGAGCCGUCGAGACCGAGACAGAUCCAUCUUCUGAAAAGGGCAUCAGCACGCUGCUUUGCGAAUCGUGUGUCAGCGAGUUGGUAUACUGCGAAAAUGCUGUUCAGAAGCUCGAGUAUGUGGGCGCAGAGCAGAAGCGAAAAUGGAGAGACGUAAGGAUAAGAUUUCGCCUCUUCGGUGGAAGCUUCGAGGGGGGCAAGCUGGAGACAUGUCUAGACGAUGACGAGACUUUAAGUCUCCUUCUUUCGUCGCUGCGAAGCAUCGCAUUAGUAUUCACUUCUGGUCUGUUGCCUUCCAAGGUUGUCAAAGCAAUCAACCAAGCUCUAAUCAGCAGUGCAGGCCCGAUUUUACAUCUGCGACGUCUUUCAGGCAACCUUGCGGAUCCACUUCGUCGCCUUGUCGAGGACGCCAGCGGAGUCUUGCUACAAGAUGAUGAAUCUGCGGAGAGCACUGACACCGACGCACAGGAGGAGCCAGCUAGCCGGGAGGGUCUACUCGGAAGAGCGCUUUCAAUCAUAUGCCAUCAUGUCGACAUGCUCAUGGACUUACUGCCAUCCUUGGAGAGAAUGUAUCGGCUGAAGCACAGCACCAUGAGCAAACCGGCGCUAGCCAUCUCUUUCCACACAAGCUCAGCGGCAGCAACGUACAUCAACAACAUCCGCGAUAAAUUUCCGCUAGCGUCUUUAGAGCUAAUAAACAGACUCGGGGAGGCCAACUGGCAACGUCAUGAGCGGCUUCGAGGUAGGAGCGUGAUCGAGGCCAUACAUCCAGCGAGCAAGCCAUUUGCGCCUCAGUCCAUUUUCAAGGAUUCAGCUUUAGGCACCUCUAUCAGCGCUCCUACCCUGCGAGAGGGGUCUGUCGCAUCGCACAGCUCUUUCGCUAGUACCGUUGAGGGUGGUGCAGACAAAAGAACGAUGCUGCGCGUUCCACCCAUGCCAGACUGGACCGCCACAGAUGAGUGUCCUUUUUGCGAACAAGCAGUGUACUUCACGUCGCGUAGAGAUUGGAAAAUGCACGUUUUUGCAGAUCUGGAAGCAUACAUCUGCACCGUCCCCGGAUGCCGGAGUAUGUUCACCAGCUACGCCACCAGAAAGUCGUGGGCUUCUCAUGAAAUCAACGCCCACCUGGUGGACUUCGCAUAUCGGUGUCACAUAUGUGGGGUUAUGGUACGCAAUCAACAAAUAUUCGCAGACCACCUAAGGUCCAUGCACCCCUCUCGCGAGACCAAUACAGCUGUCGUCAUGAAGCAAGCCCAGAUGCAGGUCGAGCCCGACUUCACAACUUGCGUAUGCAGACUGUGUAAUGUGUCGGAAUUUCGCGAUGCGAGAGCUUACGCCACGCACGUCGGCCAACACCUGGAGCAGAUUGCUUUGAUCACUCUUCCCGAUACGACUGGAGAUGAGGGGUCCGGUGAGGAUGAUCGAAGUAAUGAGACUGAUGCGUCUUCAAUUGUGGAUCAGGUUCAACCGAUUUCUGAACGGUCACCCGCGGCACUUUCGAAUCAACAGAAAGCAACUGUAGAAAUGCCUGAAGUCCUUGACCGCUCCCGUGGCCAAUCGGGCAGUACCCAGAAAGUAGACAAAACCAGCUCCAAGGGUCCUGCAGUCCGCGAUCAUCACUCCAAUGUCUGGUCUUUCUCGAACCACACGGAGAAGCAAGCAAGCCGCAAGAUCAGGUCGCAGAAGCCAGAAGGUGAAGUGCGGUCAUUUUUCGAUUGCUGGUGCAAGAAGUACAAUCCUGCAUCGCACGAUGAAGGGGCUACGUUGAGAUGGAAACACGUUCGUGCCCUAAAGCGAUCCACUCACUUCAAGCAGCAUCGUCAGGAAGGCGACGUCUCCUUCUCACUGUGGCAGCAAGUUUCCAAUUACAACAUCAAUGAGACUCAGGGACUCGCUGCAGAAAUCGCAGCCUGGCAAGCUUGUUGUGUUAUACUCUUCCCGCACUUGGCUCACAGGCAGCACGAAUUGAACCCUUGGUUGAACGAGCCCUUACUACCGGACGGCCAAGAUCCUCGAGGAACCCAACUCGACAGAAAACUGUCCUCAGACGACAUCGCAGUGGUGACAAGCAAUUUGGACCACCAAACGCAGAAACAGCCCGACAUUCUAUUUUCUGAGGGUCAUUCUGUCGUCACCCAGAAAGCAGACAAUUUUGCCAGCAAUGGGCUGGGAAAUGAUGAGGAGCAGGCCUACGGUCCGCUUUCAUCAGGACACCUUCCUGCCGUCACUCAAAUAGCCAACAAGCUACGUCAGCAGUAUCCCAACAUGUCCGAAGAAGAGAUCCAGCGGGCUAGCACCGCACAAAUUCAGACAUGGCAACGGCAGAAGCGCCAGCAGCAGCAACAGCAGCAGCAGAACCCUCCGAGCCAGGAAGCACUAAAUGCAGCAAUCCGCGCAAUGAAUGCAGGCGCACAGGCGAGCAUCAACGCUAUGGGCAGUUCAGGGUUUCCUCAAGGACAGGGCAUGCCGCAGCCGACGCCAAAACAAAUUCUGCAGUACGAAGCGCAGCGCAUGCGCCUGCUGGCAGCUCAGCAGGCACAGCAGCAGCAGCAGCGAGCCGAUGGUCCAACGCCAGACCACGCAUAUCAACGAUCCCUUGGACAAGUUUUUCCAGAUCAGUUCUCUCGUCAGCCACAGCCUAUGUCAGGUCCUGAAAUCGGUCACCAACAGGCAACCAUGACAAGGCAUUCACAGACUGCGUCACAAGAUUACACAAGCUCUCUGAUACAAAAUCCCAGGGAGCAGAGUCCAUUCCGGCCCGGUUCGCGACUCUCGCCAGAUGACUUUGUGGGCAGGCAAGCGUCCCUUUCAAAGGACCCUCUUUCUGUGUCUCCGGGAGAGUUAAUGCUGGACGAGCAUGACGUUGAUGAGUCUGCCGCGCCCACUUUUCUAGAUCCAUUUGGCUCCCAGUCGCAAAGGAUCCCAUCGGGUCUGUCAAACUACCACUUUCCGAAGUUCAAUGCCGAGCCAUUGAUUCCAAUGGUUGACCACCCACUCGUCAGCCAGCAGAGCCGGGACAGCACCCCGCCUGGGUCAAACCUUGGAUCGAGGCGUUCUAAUGGUAAACACCAAGAGCCAAGCGGCACUGGCACCACCAUUGCAACCCCAGGUACCUCAUCGCCUGGUCCCUUCGACGACUACUUCCGGAAGCUCGAGCCCACCGAUAGUCCAUUCCAUAACGACCAGUCGGACAAUGUCUCCGAUGCGCCAAACAUGGACCAGCAGGACAUGUUCAACAGCGGCUUGCCAUACGAUGAUGAGUACAGUCAAGCGGUCACGUCAAACGAUUGGCAUCAAAAUUAUUCGCUCGAUCCCUUGUACACCAUACCUCCGCCACGCACGGUCCUACCUGCCGAUCUGAGUAGACGCUCAUCACCGCACAACGACCGUCCUUACAAUGAUAUGCCGCCCGUCGAUAAUCCGGGGUCCCGUACAAGAGACUCCAUGGUCGUCAACUCCAGCGAGAUCGUCUCCAGCGAUCCUAUCGAUUCUCCCCUUGACUCUUCAUACUUCAGCCGGCCUUUCAAGGCGGUCACAGCAUACUCACAAGAAGUCUCGUCUCAAAAGGUGUCCGAUAACCACGAUAACACCCCAAUUCGUCCAGUUGGCGAUACUACGAGCUAUCAAUACCAGGACUUGGGCACAAUGGGCUUACACCGCAAAUCCUUCUUUGAGGUAUCUGAAUCUGACGGUGCUGGUAAUGAUGACGCCGAAUACCCACAUCUCGACUUUGACUCCGCUUCGAAUGACCUUCUGCGGGGCGUGAUCAGUUCCGAAGUUCGCGACGUCCUCACAAACGUGACUAAGAAGCUCUCUACCGAUGAAGGCGAUGCAUCAGAAAGCAAUACUGUUGACUAUAAGGGCAAGGGGAGGGCUGAGGCAGAAUGA